CCUGUGCGCCCCGCCGCUUCCGGUCGGCGUGAGUGGCGUUCUCGCGCCGGUGGCGGGCUCGGGGCCGGCGUUGGCGCGCAGUGCGCUGCAGGUUUUCGCCGGUCGGCCUCCGUCUCCCGGGACCAUGGCCACGGACUCGUGGGCUCUGGCGGUGGACGAGCAGGAAGCGGCUGUCAAGUCGAUGAGCAGUUUGCAAAUCAAGGAAGAGAAAGUCAAAGCAGAUACUAAUGGUGUUGUCAAAGCCAGUACCACUGCUGAGAAAACAGAUGAAGAAGAGAAAGAGGACCGAGCUGCCCAGUCCUUACUCAACAAGCUGAUCAGAAGCAACCUUGUGGACAACACAAACCAGGUGGAAGUCCUGCAGCGGGAUCCAAACUCCCCGCUCUACUCAGUGAAGUCUUUUGAAGAGCUGCGGCUAACUUUCAAUAAAAUAUUGGCUGACAGGUGAUUUCUGGAUGUCAGGAACAUUUCUUAUUAGAAAACCACAGCUUCUCCAGGGAGUCUAUGCCAUGGGCUUCAAUCGACCGUCCAAGAUACAAGAGAAUGCGUUACCCAUGAUGCUUGCUGAACCCCCACAGAACCUGAUUGCCCAGUCUCAGUCUGGUACUGGCAAAACUGCGGCUUUUGUCCUGGCCAUGCUCAGCCGAGUGGAAACAGCAGAGAGAUACCCGCAGUGUUUGUGCCUCUCCCCAACGUAUGAGCUGGCACUUCAAACAGGAAAAGUGAUUGAGCAGAUGGGCAAAUUUCAUCCAGAACUAAAGCUUGCUUAUGCUGUACGAGGCAAUAAACUGGAAAGGGGUCAAAAGAUCAGUGAGCAGAUUGUCAUCGGGACCCCUGGGACUGUGCUGGACUGGUGCUCCAAGCUCAAGUUCAUCGACCCCAAGAAGAUCAAGGUUUUUGUUCUGGAUGAGGCCGACGUGAUGAUAGCUACUCAGGGCCACCAGGAUCAGAGCAUCCGCAUCCAGAGGAUGCUGCCCAGGAACUGCCAGAUGCUGCUUUUCUCUGCCACCUUUGAAGACUCCGUGUGGAAGUUUGCCCAGAAAGUGGUCCCGGACCCAAACGUUAUCAAACUGAAGCGUGAGGAGGAGACCUUGGACACCAUCAAGCAGUAUUAUGUGCUGUGCAAUAGCAGAGACGAGAAGUUCCAGGCCUUGUGUAACCUGUACGGGGCCAUCACGAUUGCUCAAGCUAUGAUCUUCUGCCAUACCCGCAAAACAGCUAGCUGGCUGGCAGCAGAGCUCUCAAAAGAAGGCCACCAGGUGGCUCUGCUGAGUGGCGAAAUGAUGGUGGAGCAGAGGGCUGCAGUGAUCGAGCGCUUCCGAGAGGGCAAAGAGAAGGUUCUGGUGACCACCAAUGUGUGUGCCCGAGGCAUCGACGUUGAACAGGUAUCUGUCGUCAUCAACUUUGAUCUUCCCGUGGACAAGGACGGGAACCCGGACAACGAGACCUACCUGCACCGGAUCGGGCGCACCGGGCGCUUUGGCAAGAGGGGCCUGGCCGUGAACAUGGUCGACAGCAAGCACAGCAUGAACAUCCUGAACAGGAUCCAGGAGCAUUUUAAUAAGAAGAUAGAAAGAUUGGACACAGAUGAUUUGGAUGAGAUUGAGAAAAUAGCCAACUGAGAAGCUCCACCAGUCACGGGUGCCCACCCUGGCGCUGCCGCUCCCUGGAGACAAGUGCUUUCUCGGCACAGGCCUGGACAGUCACCAUGACAACGAUGACAUGAGUAGAGAGAAAACUACCUACCUCAUUUCAAAUUACAUUUGGACUUGCCCAAAAUUUGUGGAAAUAAUCGGGGAAAACAGGAAAAUUUUACAUUUUGGAAAAUUUAGUCCUUUUUCCCCCCUUUUUUUAAGCCAUGGUUUCCCCAUCUUUAUGGUAAUCUGGUUGCUGUUUAUAAUUACUGGCCCCAGGACUCCUUGCCUGUUUUCUGGCUUGGGGUGUUAGGAGCAGCCUCCAGCCCCUGAGGAAAUGCUAACUGUAGAGGCCAGGCAGGAUGGGGUGUGGCCCCACUGCCGUGGGUGGAGCAGGUAGCAGCAGAGUCCUGGGACCUGCCCCCUUUCCUGGACCCCUCAUGAGCAAUUCAUCUGGCCUUGAGGCCAGCCUCCUCCUCCUGAAAUCUAGAAACGGUCCACACCUCACCCCUUUACCUCUGUGCUCUGUUGCAGAAGAUAUCCAUUUCUCCCCGAGGAGAAACUCGGCUACUUUUGUAAACUUCAGAUUUGCGGAGAACCGUAGACACCAGUGGAUCCCAGCCCCUUUGAGAGAUUGGUCCAGCCAGGGUAGAUGAAUCCUUCAAGGAUCCUGCCUGCCUUCUCCUGUCAAUUGUCCCAUGAGCUUAUUCUUGGCAGCCAGGACACACCGGUGAUUGUCUCAAUACACGUCUUGCCGAGUUAGUUGGUUCUUACCCAUGGGGUGUCACACGGUGCCUAGAGCCAAGCAGCAGUUUGUAAAGGAAGUUAUGACCAAGUGUAAACUCUGACCAUGGUGUUCAUCCAUAAUAGUGGACUUUAAGGACAGAAAAUUCUAACUAUACGCACCAUUCAUUAUGCUAAGACAUUUUACAGGAAUUAUGAGAAACGCUUUACUAAUCAUGAUUUUUGUGUUUUUCUGCUUACUAGACUAAUAUAUACUCAUUUAAAAAAACGUGUGUGUAUAUAAUAAAAUGAGAGUGCCCUCCCUCCCCACCUCUCGGUCACCAUUGCUGGCAACUUGGUGAACAUUCCAUCAUAUUGUGUUCUAUUGGCCUUAAACCAACCAAGUUUUCUUUAAAAAAAAAAAAAGUGAAUGUUCUAUUCAUGCUGUUGUACAGCCUGCUUUUUCUCUGGUCAGCGUAUCUUGGACAUGUUGAGAUGUCCGGCACAUGUAGCUCUUCCUCAUUCUGGAAACUGGCUGUCAUUCUAGCAUGCAGCUGUUCCAGCAUUUAUUUCCUGGUUCCGCUGGUGACCGGCCUAGGGGAUUUCUCGCAUGUGGCUAUUGCCCACCAUGAACAUCUUUGUUCUUAUCUUUGAGUGCUGGUGAGAAACAGUCCUGGAAAUAAAAUUGUUGGGUCAAAGAGUGGGGACAUUUAAAAUUUUAAUACAUUGCCAAUUAAGCCUGCCAAAAUUUUUAUCAAUUUAUGUUAUUGUGAUACAAAAAUAUCUAUUACCUGCUUGCCAAUACUCUGUAUUAUCAAUUUUAAAAAUUUUGCCAGCCUCAGUAGCAAAAACAGAUUAUGCCAUUGCUUUUUUUUAUUUUUUAAGUGAGGCUUCGCAAAUGUUCCGUUUAUUGGAUAUUUGUAUUUUCUCUGUUGGGAAACUGCCCAUAUUCGUCUCACCAUUUUAUUAUUAGAUUAUUAGUCUUUACUGAUUUUUAGCAACCUUUGUAUAUUAGGGAAAUUAGACUUUGUGUUGAGUGGGGGCAGCUUUUCUAGUUCCUUUACAAACUUCUUUUUUUUUUAAUGCUACCCAAAAUUUUGAUUUUUGAUUUGUUAGAUUUUAAUAAAUCUGGAUUUCACGUUAGGGAGCUUUCCUCAUUCCAGUACUAUAAAA